AUGGAGGAUGAAUUCAAUGUAACAUAUAUAACUCUUGAUGGACAUGUGGAAGUGCACAAAUACAGGUAUCUCUACUUCGUGAUCAUGUUUACGGUAUAUGUUCUGAUCAUCUGCUCUAACUCUACUGUGACGUGUCUGAUCUGCAUUCACCAAAACCUCCAUGAGCCGAUGUACAUUUUCAUCGCGGCUCUGUCAGUCAACUCUGUUCUUUACAGCACUGCGAUCUACCCGAAGCUGCUGAUUGACUUUUUAUCGGAGAAGCAGAUCAUAUCUUAUUCAGCCUGUCUCUUUCAGGGUCUUACAUAUUACACCCUGGUCUACUCAGAGUUCUUACUGUUGGCAGCCAUGUCUUACGACAGGUACGUGUCCAUCUGUAAACCUCUGCAAUAUCCAGCUAUCAUGAAGAAAACAACAACCAGUGUCUUGCUGGUUUUAGCUUGGCUCAUGCCUGCUUGUGAGAUUGCCGUGGCAGGUUCACUUACUGUCAAUAUAAAACUCUGUGGCUUUACUCUGAAGGGCAUUUUUUGUAACAAUUCACUUUUCGAUCUUUAUUGUGUGCACAUAGAAGCACUAUCUGUCUAUGGUGUGGUCAUUUUGCUAAAUAUGGCACUUCUCCCUGUGCUCUUCAUCCUCUUCACAUACACCAGGAUAUUUGUAAUAUCCUACAAAAGUUGCAGAGAAGUGAGGAGAAAAGCUGCACAGACCUGUUUACCUCACUUGAUGGUUUUAAUGAACUUUUCCUGUUUUAUUACUUACGAUGUGAUCAUCGUUCGACUGGAAGCAGGUUUUCCAAAAACUGCACGUUUAAUAAUGACUUUACAAGUGAUUUUGUAUCACCCUCUCUUUAAUCCAAUCAUAUACGGACUAAAAAUGAAGGAAAUCUCUAAACACCUCAGGAGGUUGUUCUGUGAACAAAAGUUUGUGUAUAUAUAUAUAAUUUAUCAUAAAAUAUAUCACACAACCAGCUUCCCCCUCGAGGGUCGAGGCCUGCAGGUUUCUGGCAUCCACAUCCUCCCAGGACCUCACACAGGCGUCCAGUAA